AUGGAGUAUUUGUUGAAGAGAAUACUUGCUAUCUCCCAGAAUAUACUUCAAAUCAUUUUAUUCAUUGAAUUAAUUAUUGGAAUUAUAGGAAAUGGAUCCAUAGUCUUGAUGCACUGCAUAGAUUGGGUUAAAAGAAAAAAAAUGUCAUUAGUUAAUCAAAUCCUCACCGCUUUGGCAACUUCCAGAAUUUGUCUCCUCUGGUUUGUUCUAAUACAUUCCCUAAUUACCUUACUGGAUGCAGAUUUAGCUACUAAUAGAAUGAUGCCAUAUUUCAUUAGUAAUCUAUGGACUAUAGCUAACCAUAUCAGCAUCUGGCUUGCCACAUGCCUCAGUGUCUUUUAUUUUUUUAAGAUAGCCAAUUUUUCUAACUCUCCUUUUCUUUAUCUAAAGUGGAGAGUUAAAAAAGUUGUUUCACUUAUAUUACUGGUAUCUCUGGUCCUCUUAUUUUCAAAUAUUUUACUAGUUAACUUUGGAAUUAACAUGUGUGUAAAUGAAUAUCAUCAAAUAAACAUGUCAUACAGCUUUGUUUCUUAUUACCAUGCAAAUUGUCAAAGGCAUGUGUUAUGCCUUCACAUUAUUUUCUUGUCUGUCCCCUUCGUUUUGUCCCUGUCAACUUUUCUCCUGCUCAUCUUCUCCCUAUGGACACAUCACAAGAAGAUGCUGGAGUGUGUUCAAGGAUACAGAGAUGCCAGAACCAUGGGCCACUUCAAAGCCUUGCAAACUGUGAUUGCCUUUCUGCUACUAUACUCCAUUUUUAUCCUGUCUCUGUUACUACGACUUUGGAAACAUGAAUUACUGAAGAAACCUCUUUUUAUUUUAUUUUGUCAUAUUGUAUAUAUAGCUUUUCCUUCAUUUCAUACAUAUGUCUUGAUUCUGCGAGACAGGAAGCUGAGACAGGCCUCUCUGUGUGUGUUAUGGUGGCUGAAAUGCAGGUCAAAUUAUGUGGAAUAA